AUGUUAUCAAAUGUCUCAAUAUUAUUGGUCUUCCUUGCAAUUUCAAGAAUCUAUGGAAAUUCAAGAUUCAAAAAAAUGGACCCAGCGGAUAAAAUAAAGGGUGACAAUAGAUUACUUGCAUUCCGCCAAGCUGCUAAACUUGGACUUCGCGAUGAUAUCAAAUCACUUGUUGAGCCAGGCCCUGCAGGGUUCGUAGUUCACAAUAGUGGUAAUGAACUUAGAAAUGAAGAAGCCAUCGAUUUUCUGAUAUCUAAAAUAGAACAAGUUGAAUUGGUGUAUGCGAGCCCGGGUGCUACAGAUUUGGAAUGUCAGCUGAAAAAAGAUAAGAUUAUUUUUGAGUUUAAUGAAGAGGGAGAGCAAAAAUUGAAAACUCUGGUUUACCUACACAAAUUUAUUGAAGAUGGAGUUGUGGAUCAGAUUGUGGAGCAGGAAGAAGAAGAAGAUUAUUGA